AUGACUGGCCUUCUGGCUUCACCAACCAGCCGCUCCCAACCAGAGAAGGUCGCCGAGGUCUUCUUCCUUGGUAUCUUGUUUGUGAUAGCUUUUGUGGCAAACAGCACCAUAUGUUACGCCAUGCUACAGCCCUACCGUUUAAAGACCUCUUCAAAUCUCUUCCCUUUCUCGUUAGCAGUUGCCAACCUUAGUUUAGCCCUCCUGCACACUCCUUACACCAUGGCAUCGUUAAUAGUGGAUCAUUGGCCAUUCGAUAUCGCAUGGUGUCAAAUAUCAGGCAUGCUGAUAAAUCUGGUAUCAAUGGCGUCCAAUUUUUCCAUAGUACUUAUUGCAAUUCAUCGUUAUUAUCUCAUCGUCAAGCCUCUAUCUGACACAAUAAGUGUUCGUCGAGCAAAAACAAUGGUAGCAUUUGUGUGGUUCACGUCGUUAGUGACCGCCGUUCCACCCUUAUUUGGUUGGAAUUCAUACAGAUAUAUUCCUGGCAAAGCAUUUUGCUCAGUCGAUUGGCAAGAUGGCGGACCGGACCUGGUGUAUUCUGUAUAUCUCGUGGUGAUUAGUUUUUUUGUGCCACUCGGGAUUCUUUUCUAUAUCUAUCGUGCUAUUUAUUUGAAGACAAAACGUCAAAGAAAAAAGACGGACUACAAUACACUUCGUGGACUGAGUGAUCAGGGUAGUUUUACCUAUCAACGUUCGCAAACUCUGUAUCAGAAACUGGCAUGUUGCUUAUCGAGGAACAAUUCACAAGGUAGUAAUUCCUCUCCUUCUACUUCGGAAAGAGGAAAUGUCUCUUCACCGGCCACAUCGAGGUCGUAUUCCUUCGAGCUAUCUCCCUCGAGGAGAGACAAUGCCCUCCAAAGGGAAGAAAUGAGAAGGCGAAGAGAAGUUAUAACGCGAAGUCUAACGCGGCAGAGUUCCAUCUACGAGCAGAAAACGGUGCAGAAUGCUCUUGUUCUGCUUUUAACUUUUGUCACUAACUUGGCACCGUAUUACAUCGUCGGUAUUUGGUCGGGUGCUUCUCAGAAGACCGCUUCCAACGGGUUAGAUUUCUUUGUGACAUUUUUGUUUGUUUGCAUGACAGCUAUCAAUCCUAUGCUGUAUGGGUUUUUUAAUCGCCAAAUAAGAAGAGUUGUUCUCAAGUCUACGAUAGGCCAGUUCGCUUGUCAGCUAUGUAAAUGUUGUGAUAGUGAUUUAGACACCAGGCCUGACGCUGCCACAACUAGACGAGGAAGAAAUACCCUGGGACCAGAUUCCGAAUGUUAA